AUGAUGUCAAACUUACCCGAUUUGAUCAUUUUAACAAUUAGAAGACACUUCCCCAUCCCUUUUUCACCUCUUCUUCUCUUCCCAUUCCCUCCACUGAAUACUUUUACUCGUGAGCUUUGGAAGCAGUUUACCUCCCUUAAUAGAAAAAGUGGUUUUGAGAAAUGUAAAUCACGGGAGCUUAGGAAAGUGGUUCGCGUUUCUCUUGCAAAGCCUUAUAAAGGAGUUAAGAGCCAUUGCAUGGUCCUUGGUAUUGUUCAGCUAUUCGGGAGCUGUUCUGUGUUAGAGGUUGACUUUUUUUUCCCCUCACCUCUUGGCAAAAUAAAGUUUACCGCAUGUCACAGUCGCGGAACCUUCAAUUUUAGAACUCCAUCUGCCAGUUUACCAGAGUCUGUUCCUUCUGUAUGGUUCAGAUAUAUCAAGUUGGUGGUUCAUGGCGUAUGGGUAUACGUUGUCAAUACGCUGUAUGCUGUCCUCAAUGUUUUGAUGAAGCGCAUAUGCCCCCGCUGA